AUGGCGGGCGCGUUGCUAUGGCGCGGCCCCGCCCCGCCCCUCUCCGCGCGUCCCAACAUGGCGGCGGCGGGCGGGGGGCGGCGGGCGCUGCUCCCGCUCCCGGUGCCGCUCCCGCUCCCGGGGCUGCUCCCGCUGCUGCUCCCGGUGCUCCUGGCGGCGGCCGCGGCCGCUCGGCUCUACCGGCCCGGCCACGACCCGCUGAGCGUGCUGACGGCCGGCUCGGUGCGGCCGGCGCUGCUCAACUCGUCGGCCGCCUGGGUGGUGCAGUUCUACAGCUCGUCCUGCGGCCACUGCAUCGCCUUCGCUCCCACCUGGCGGGCGCUGGCGGGGGACGUCAAAGACUGGGAACCUGCAAUCAGAGUUGGGGUGCUGGACUGUGGGGAGGAGGAGAACUAUGAGACCUGCAAGGAAUACGGGAUUCACUACUACCCCACCUUCAGGUACUUCAAAGCAUUUACAAAGCAGUUUACUACUGGAGAAAACUACCAAGCAGGAGCAGACAGAGAGCUGCAAACAAUCCGUCAGAUGAUGAUUGACUUCCUCCAGAACCAUUCCCAGGAGGUCAGACCACCUGCUUGCCCACCACUGGACCCAGUCUGGUCCAGUGAUAUCACCUCUCUUUUUGACAAGAACAGCCACCACUACACUGCCAUUGUGUUUGAAAGCAACAGCUCCUACGUGGGACGAGAGGUGAUCUUGGACUUGAUCCAGUAUGAAAACAUCGUGGUGAGGAGGGCCUUGAAUUCUGACAAGGCUUUCCUGGAGAAACUGGGGGUUCCCUCAGUGCCCUCCUGCUACUUGAUCCAACCCAACGGGUCCCAUGGCUUAAUUAACAAUUUGAAGCCUCUCCGCUCCUUCUUUUCUUCAUAUUUAAAGUCACUGCCAGGUGUGAGGAAAAAGCUCCUUUUGCCACUGCAGCUUCCUGCUCAAGAAAACAAAGAGGAGGGCACAGAAAUCAAGGUGUGGAAAGAGUUUGAUAAGACCAAGCUGUACAUGGCUGACCUUGAGUCGGGAUUGCAUUUCCUGCUCAGGGUGGAGCUCGCCACGCACAAGACGCUGGAGGGAGCUGAGCUCAGGACCUUCAAGGAUUUUGUCACCAUCUCUGCCAAGCUCUUUCCUGGCCGUCAGCCUGUGGUGAAGUUGUUAGAGACCUUGCAAGAGUGGCUGGUGAGCCUUCCAUUAGACAAAAUCCCUUAUGAUGCUAUUCUGGAUCUGGUCAACAACAAAAUGCGGAUUUCUGGGAUAUUUCUGACGAAGAAGGUGCAGUGGGUUGGCUGCCAGGGCAGCAGACCAGAGCUGAGAGGUUACAGCUGCUCCCUUUGGAAGCUGUUCCACACCCUCACUGUCCAAGCUGCACUGAGACCAAAAGCCUUGCUAAAUACAGGUCUCGAGGACAACCCCCAGGUUGUGCUGCAGGUGAUGAGGAGGUACAUCCACCACUUCUUUGGGUGCAGGGCUUGUGCUCAGCACUUCGAGGAGAUGGCCAGGGAGUCCAUGGAUUCCGUGAAAAGCUGGGACAAGGCUGUGCUGUGGCUCUGGGAGAAGCACAACGUGGUGAACAACAGGCUGGCAGGCGAUUUGACCGAGGAUCCAAAAUUUCCCAAGGUUCAGUGGCCGACUCCAGACAUUUGUCCUGCAUGCCACGAGGAAAUUAAAGGCCUGCACAGCUGGAAUGAGGAGCAAGUCCUGCAGUUCCUGAAAUCCCACUACAACAGUGCCAACAUCCUCUACAAAUACACCGAGAGCCAGGCUGACCACAGUGACCCCGAGCAGGGAGACACCAGGGAGGGGAAGGACAAAAACCUGCUGAAAACCGGGGGAAACAGAGAAAAUAAGAUCCAGGAGAAGGAAAACCCGGGAGAUCCGGGCUCCAAGGUGCUGGAGAAGCCAGCGGGGAAUCCCGGAGCUGUCCAAGGUAGCGGCAAAAACGCGGCGGCCUCGGUGAACCUCAGAGAGGCCAGGCAGGCCGUGUCCUUCCUGGGGAUUGGCUUCUCCAACAUCGACAUGAGCCUCUGUGUCAUCCUCUACGUGGCCUCCUCCCUGUUUCUGAUGAUCAUGUACUUUUUUUUCAGGAUGAGGUCCAAGAGGUGGAAGGUGAGGUAUUCCCGGGCCUCGGUGUAGGGAGUGCUCCGUGUUCGUGGCUGUUCCCAGGCACAGCUUUAACCUUUCUGAUCAGGGAUUUUGUACACAGUGUUCCUUGUGGCAGAGCCCUCCAGGCAUUUGCAGGUGGUGGGUGUGAGGAGCUGGCUGUGGGGAGCCCGAGGCACACGUGGCUGUGCUCUGGAGGGAGCGUUGCAUGUGGCAGGGAGUGCAGAUUUUUCCAUGACUUACCACCGACAUCCUUUACUCACUGUCAGAGUAAACAUUGCAUUAUGCAAUCCGCUGUGCCUGCCGUGGGAGGAAAUUGAAUAUUGUUUGGUGAACUUCCAGUCAGGUGUUAUUUUUAUUUUUUAGUUUAUUCCAGAGCUGGUUUCACCUCCCCGAGUUCUGAACAGUUCCAGUGGUACUUUGGCUGCUUCCUUUGGAGGAGCAAGAAUUCAAUUCUGAGUUGGUUUUUUGUUGGUUGGUUUUGUUUUUUUUUCCAGGAAACGAGUUUUAUUCUGAUUAAACCAUUUCUAAACCUCUGUGACUUUCUGAAACAUUAUUUCCAAGGCAUAUUUAAAAGGGAAAGCAUUCUGUGUUGAAAUCAUUCUUGUGUAUUCCAGCCAAGGAUGUGUGUGUGACUGCCUGGGUGUGAGUUUUGGGGCAGUCUGUGUCUCAAUCAGCAGCCUGAUUCUGAUUGCUGAUGAUGGUCAGGAUUUUACUGGAGAUUAAGGUGUGAGCAAGGACAGACUUGGACCUGGUGCUUGGCUUGCUCCACUAUUGGAUGGAGCAUUGGAUAACUCACCUCAUUUAUGAACCAGGAAAAUAGCUGAGUAAUUAUCUUGUUAUCCAGGUGGAAGCCAAUCCUGAUGAACUCUUCCCUUGGCAUUUCCAGCUCUGAGCUCACCUGCCAGCUGUGAAUUGUCUGUGCAGUGCACAGAGCUGCUCUUCCCUCCCUCCCUGCUGCUGGAAUGCUCCUGCUGGAGUCAGGAAGGGCUCUCAGGGCAGUGCUGCUCCUUUCUGGGAGGUGGCAGCAGGUUGGGAUUGUGGCAUCUUCCUUUACAGCUCAGUCUGGGGGCCUGGUGGGCAGCAAUUCGAAGAAACCCUGAAAGCAGCUCUAAAGUUACCAGUGGGAAUAGGAGUUCCUGUGAUCCUGGCUGGGGGGGAUAAUUCACGUCCUGGAUAGUGAAGUUUAUAAUCCUAUCCCAUGUAAUUGAGCAUGUUCUGGUUAUCCAUUACCUAAUCUUUAGUUAAUCCUAAUAGGUUUUGGCCUCAAUGUUUUCUCGUGGCAGUGAGUUCUCCAGAUUAAUUAUGUUAUAUAAAAAGGCUUUUCCUUUCAAUUCUACAUUUGCAACUUUUAAUUUAAUUGAAUGUUUGCUGACUCCUCUGUUACACGAGAAGGAAUAAGGAGUCUCUGGCCAAUUCCCUGUGUUUAUGCCAUUAGUGGGUCCUCCUCUGGUUUCCCUCAUAAAGCCCCAGCAUAGGAAGUUUAAAACCUGGCAACAAGAACAAUCUAAAAAGCACAAGGUAUUUGUUUUUGUUUUUUUCAUAAUCAAAUCUUGUUUGUUCACAAAACUGAGUAUUUCUGACGUGUUUCUGCUACUUCCACUUGGAGUAACAGAACUGAACUUCAGGGAUUCGCUGUCCCCUGUUGCUUUUGACUCCCUCCAGCACCUGGCUUUGGAUAUUAAAACACCCUGUAAGCAACAGGAAUGGUGGUGGCAGGUGGGACAGGCUCAGUGCAGGUUGGUUUGGGCUGGAAUCCAAUGAGAGAUCCCAGGAAGGAGGAAAACCUGGAGAUUCCACCUUUAGUUUUGAAAAUCAGGCAACUUCAAAGUGACCUGAUCUGGGCAGGUGUUCUCAUCCCACAGGCGAGGACUUUUAGAUUUUAAAAGUAAACCCAAGCACCCAAAAACCCCCUAAGCCAGCACAGCAGUGUUGGAUCUGGGAAACUGGGCCUUUUCCUGUGGGACUUGAAUUCCUACUGUGGGAAUUGCUGCACAUUCCAAAGCUGAAAAUCAGUCAUUGCUGCUGUUGAUUGGAAUUCGCCCACAUUUAGAGACCUGACCUGGUUAGCUUUGACUCCUUCUGCUCCUGGAGGUUUUUAGGGAUGAUUUGGCCUUUCAAAACCAGCAAAUGUGGGUUUGGAAUAAGGUGGGGGAAUUUUGCCACCCACCUUUAACUUCCACAUUGCUGCGAACACAACGAAAGGAACCAAUACUCCAACUUCCAGUGGCUUUUUAAGAGUGCAAAAGUGUGAAAUUAGGAUGUUUCUUGCCUGUGGUGGUGCUCCAACUCUUGCCAGUGAACCAGCCAAGGCUUUCCCUUCAACAACCUCAUCUGGGCAGGUUUUUCCUCACUUUGAAUUCAGUUGUGUAAAUCUUGGUUUGCUCGUUCUUGUUUUCCACCUUUAUCAUGACAAAUGGUGUCAUUUUAUGUCUGUGUAACGGCACAGUCUGUGCUGGGGGAUGGGUGGUGCUGCCAGGAAAGUGGUUCUGCUUUAAAAAUUGCCUCCAGCCCCAUCUCCUCAGUCCUGGAGGGUUUAUUUGUGUCCUGUGCUGUGCCACGGAGGUUCCUGCAAUGCCCCUGCCCUGUGCCGGGGUCAGUCAGUUCCAAGAGGGAUUUCUUGGCCCUUUGUAAUUCACGGAGCUUUCUUUGCUCUCUGGAUGUUUUUAAAGAGGGAAUAUUAAACCUGCAUAGGAGUAGGAUGUGCCAGGAGAGAGAGAAAAGCUGCAAGUGCUAAAGAAACCUAAUAAAGUUAUUCCUGAGAACUGCUAAUUUUUGAUGUCCAGCAGUGUGUCCAUCCUGCUGUUCCUGCUCAGAACUGGAUGGGAACAAAAAUCCUGGAUGUGUUGUCUCAGUCUGUGCUUUGCACACGAGGUGUUGGAAAUAGUGACGAUACCAUUGCAGUAAUUUAAAUGUUCUAUUUAUUUGAAUUCAGUAACUUGACAUUUUUUGAUUCUGUUCUGGUUUGGUUUGGUUUGGUUUUUUACUGUCUCGUUCCUCUCUUGGAAGGAAAAGUGACUGUUUUGUACUAAAAUGUAAACUAAUGUGCUUGUUUAAAAUAAAUUGCAAACGUUUGGGCAAA